AUGGCGGAAGACGAAAAUUCAAUCAAGGCUCUUUCGCCAAAGGUAGUGAAAUCUCAGAGCCCUUCCAAAAGCGGUAGAGUUUCUUUAGACCCAGCAAUGAAGAAAAGGACACAGGAUUUGAUUAUAGACUUACACGGGAUUAUUCAAAAAUGGGAAUUACUAAAUCAAAAGAGCUUCCAAACUUUAAAUUCGUUGGUCACUUCGCGAACACAGCUUGAAUCAUCAAAGGAAGCCUACGAAGCAGAUGCUUCCAUUGUAUCAAAAGAAUGCUGGGUAAAGUAUAAAGUUAAAAUGAUAAAGCUUCGUGAAUCACUUAUUCAAGAUCAUAAAGAUAAUGUCAUGGCCAUGGAAGAGCUGUACAAGAAAAUUGAUAGAAUUGUGGUAAACCUGGAAGCUAUAAAUUUAAUGGCAUCAGAGCAAGAAAAUCCAACAAUUCUGUUCUCUACUUGGUCAGUGAAAGAUUUCUAUAGAGGUGCAAGAGCCAUUUCUAACUGCUACACGAAAGAAUGGCUUUUUAAGCAGGAAAUUUCAAAAUAUUUUCUAGGUAAAGACAGUAAGGAAGAAGCUUCAAAGGAUGCCUGUUUCCUUUCAAUGUGGCUUCAGCAGCCAUAUUUAGAUGAUAUUAAUGAAUAUCAGCUUGAGUUAAUGCUGAACGAAUGCUGCAUGAAAUCUCUGUGA